AUGAGCAGGUUUCCGGAUAGAAUGUUUGCCUUAGGCAACGAACCGGAAAAUAAGAAGGUGAACACCUCCUUUCAGCUAACCUAUCUUGACACAAUCAGUUUUGCUCUCGAGGAAGACCAUAUGGAGAAGCUUUCAUUGUCUCAGUUUGGAAAACUGAUGGAAGCAGGCCUUGAUUGCUCCAAGUUGCCACCUCCGAAAAAGCUCAAAGAAGACCAGGUCAAUGCCGAGACUAUUGAGUUGUUUGGUUCAGAGAAGAAUGCGACUCCUGGAUGGAUUGCAACAACACUUGCUGGCAGACCAUACAAGGACAAAGAGACUAGAUUUAAGCUAGCUUGCUUACUUCUUAUCGAUGGGAUUGUAUGCCCAACUUCUAGGAAUGCAAAGAUCAGUGCCGAGCACAUUAUGAUAUUGCAGGAUGUUGAUAAAUUCCUGGAAUAUCCAUGGGGUCGGAAAUCUUUUGAUUUGACCAUACACAGCAUCAAAACGAGGACGGCAACGACAUCUUACCUUUGCCAGCCGACGUGUGCAUUUCAGGGGUUUAUACAUGCAUUACAAAUGGUUAUUUUGGAAUGUGCUCCCGCUAUUCUCAAGAAGGAUCUGAAAGGAAAAUCAAGCGAACCUAAUUUGGUGGAUGAAGACGAUGAGGACGACGAUACCCCCAGUAUACGUCCUGGUUCUAUGAAACCCGUAAACAUCUCAAUGCCGCAUGUCAAGUCUCUUGACAAGUCUCAGAAGGUGGCUGUGAAAUCAAUUUUGCUGGACGACGAGAAUAUUUUGGAUGAUACCGACUUGGACCUGGAUGAUGAUGUCCCAGACAAAAGUGUUGACAACUUGAUCGCCGCAAUCAACGACGGGGUUAAGUUUUCAAGGAAAACUUGGAUUGGUGGUGAAAACGCAGGCGUUCAUCUAAAGAAUCCUAAGGCACCAUCUUCAUCCUCCCGGAAUACACCUUCGGACGGGAAGUUCGAUUCUGCUUCGGCUGCGACUAUUGAUAAGGUUCUAGAUGCCAUUUCCGUCAUCGAAUCCGAGAUAAAAAGCCUUCGCGCAUAUUUCGGUGAUCUCUGUACCGAAGUCUCUACCGCUCUGUCCACUUUUAAGCAACAACACCAGACUUUACCAGGGGCUUCAUCGGUAGUCAAGCCACCUUCUCAAACAAAGACUAAGAAGAGGGUUAAAUCAAUUCCAAUUCGCAAAAAGCAUGUUAGGUUCCAACAGAUUUCUUCUUCUGAGGAGACUAAGUCAUCAGAUUCAUCUGAAGGUGAUGACAGUGAUAAGGUAACCAAAAACAAGGAAUCGGCCAGUUCUUCUACUGAUGGCGACGUUGCUGCCCAAGAAGACAGUGUAGAGGACGAAUGCGAGGGAUCUCGUGAUGCUGGAGACCAUGAAAGCCAACCGCAUCUUGGCGCUGAUGAUGUCCAAGAUGAUGCAACACUCGCGCAAAAUCAAAUUGCUUCAGUGCUUUCUGAUUUAUCCGCAACUGUCCAAGUCAAUGUAGAUCCUUCCGAGAACCAGCCAUUUGAUCAAGUCAGUGAACCAAGCCGUGUGAACCCAGUUCAUUCAUCCGUUAACCAUGCCAAGGAAGUCACGGAUCAGCAAAUGGGAGACGACGGCCAAGCAAAAGAUCAAAUUGCUUCUGUGUUUUCUGAUUUAUCCGCAACUGUCCAAGUCAAUGUAGAUCCUUCCGAGAACCAGCCAUUUGAUCAAGUCAGUGAACCAAGCCGUGUGAACCCAGUUCAUUCAACCGUUAACCAUGCCAAGGAAGUCACGGAUCAGCAAAUGGGAGACGACGGCCAAGCAGAAGAUCAGGACACUCCGGAAGAUGCCUUGGCUGCUGUCAAAGAGAACCAAGUUAUUGCCCCGCCCGACCCUCGAGUCUCAUCCCACGAGCAGGUGUUGGGCGAUAUUGAUCCUCCUGGUUGGUCUCUUGGUCUCACACAGGAAGAGAAGAAUAUGGCUCAAACCUCGAAGAAGGGUGAAGAAGCACAGCUACCUACUCGUAAGAGUAAACGACUACCCGUGCCUUCAACACAGAUGUCCGACUUUGUAGUCCCUCAACCUAAGCGUGUUAAGAAGAAUGUGAACCCAUUACAGCUGUCUCACUUCUUUCCAACACCCAAAUUUGAACAAGUAAUUCUCCUCCAAAAUAGGAUGAAGGACAAUCGGAAUUUGCCAAGAUGGGAUGGCGUAACCCUCUCUGUGAACAUCUUGAAAGAGAUCGUGGACUUAAAAUUCCCGAUUUCAGUUGUGCUCCAUCAGCAGUUUACCAAUCCCUCUAAAAAGAAACUUGUCGCACUCCCAUCUGGUUCAGCUGCGUAUGUGAAAGCGAGGCGCUCAUGGUACACACAGGUCGCUCGCAUUUAUUGCCCCUACCAAGUCGACGACAGAUACUGGGUGGGCCUAUGCAUCGAUUUUGAGAGCCACGAUAUUUACGUACUGAAUGUCUUUGCAACCCUAAAAGAGCUGAAACUCAAGACAAGCGUCGCACCACUCGCGCAGUCUCUACCACAUUUCAUCAGGAGAGUCGCUUACAAUUCAGAGAUGAAAGCCGACGAUCUCACGCCAUUCACAAUAAAAAUUGUGAAACCAAUCUUCCAAACCUCGAUAUCUGGUCAUCUCGGUGUGCUGGCACUUAUGGCUCUUCAAUUGCACGCUGCGAAUAUGUCUCUAGACAUUGUUGUUGCUGAUGACAUCGUACGGGAUGCAUCUCUGAAGUUUGCUUAUGAUCUACUCUGUUUACUCGAGCCGCCGUCUCUUUCCGACGUCGUCAUUCCACAGGACCCUACUAAUUGA